GUGUCUACAUUUUUGUCAUGUUACAGCUCCAUGUCCCAACACUGGCAUUCGAGCCAGUCUGGAUUGCAGCACCAACUCAGCACUCAUUUCUUGGACACCAGGCAACGGUUCACUAAGUUUCAAUGCAACACUGAAGUCUUUCCAGGACCCCCAGAAGCACAACUGCUUGACCAACGGCUCGUCCUGUAGCAUCAGUUCACUGCCGUGUGGUCAGCACUAUAACAUCUGUGUUACAGGAUACGGCCAGACCUGUUCAACCUCUUCUAAAUCCUUGGUCACUCUUGACACAGGUAUAAUAUAAAAUAACAACAAAGUGCAUUUAGAAUUAACUCUAAUUUGCAGAUUCUUCUGGCAUCAGAUGAUACAUUGUGCUAAAAUGUUCUCAUUUUUGUGCAUGAAUCUUUUCCUUUCCAGCUCCAUGUGUUCCCACUCAAGUCGAUGUGUCAUUAUCUUGUGGGUCGGACACGGCAUCUGUUUCCUGGGCAGCAUCUAGUGGCCUUGUUUCAUACUAUACAGUAACAGCAGUAGAUGAUAUUGGACAUACGCUAACCUGUAACUCCAGCAGCACUUCCUGUGACAUCACAGGCCUGGAGUGUGGUCAGACGUACAACGUGUCAGUCACAGCUAUGAGCGUGGACUGCACUGGGCAACGUAGUGAAGUGCGUCGCAUCAAUACUGCACCCUGUGCUCCUCAGUCUGUGGUCAGUCAGCUCUUAGACUGUCAAACAGGUGAUGUUCAGAUCAGCUGGCAGUCGAGUAAAGGGGCGCAGAUCUACUAUGCUCAAGCUAAAUCCACUGACAAGACUCUGGUGUGUAACUCCACCUCCACGUUCUGCACCAUCCCUGGACUCGGCUGUGGACAGACGUACAAUAUCACUGUGGUUGCAGAGGCCAAUAGCUGUAGCUCCAAAACCAGUGAGAUCAGUCAGGUCACGGCAGGUACAGUGACAUUUGAACAAACUGAAUAA